ACAGUGAUAGGUCAAAUCAGAGAUUAGCCCUCCAAAUCACUCCCUCACACUCAUUAAUCCCUUCUUCUUCCUCCUCCAACUCCAACUCACUCUCCUCGAUCGAAAUCCAUCCUUUUCGCCCAUAUAUACUCCCCCACCACCUCUCCCGAGCUCGGACACGCAGAGCCCGAUCGAUUGCCACACGCGCGCGCGCACGCAGCUGCAUCCACUGUUGCACGACCCUGCUCGCCACUGUGUGCUGCCGCUGUUCCUCGUCUCCUUCUUCUUCUCCUCCAAUCCGCGGAGGAGGAGCUCGCGGCGCGGUAGGGAUGGAGUGGGCGGCGGCGGCGACGAAGGCGGCUUCGUGGGGCAUGGCGGUGGCGGCGGCGGCGGCGGCGGACGACGCCGGCCCGACCAUGCUGUCCUUCGCCGGGCCGUCGUCGUCGUCGUCUUCCCCCGACGCCGCCGCGGCGGCGGCGGCGGCGGCGGCGGCGGCGCUGCACGACUUCUCCGUCCGCGCCAGGCCGGCGGCGGCGGCGCCGGCGACGAGGAGGGCGCGCGGAGGGUCGGGCGGCGGCGGCGGCGGCGGCGGCGGCGCGGAGGCGUGCUCGGUCGACGGGUGCCGGUCGGACCUCAGCCGGUGCCGCGACUACCACCGCCGCCACAAGGUCUGCGAGGCCCACGCCAAGACGCCGGUGGUCGUCGUCGCCGGCCAGGAGCAGCGCUUCUGCCAGCAAUGCAGCCGAUUUCACAAUCUGGCUGAGUUUGACGAUGGGAAAAAAAGUUGCCGGAAACGGCUGGAUGGUCAUAACAGGCGUCGAAGAAAGCCACAGCAUGAUGCAUUGAACCCUAGGAGUUUCCUUCCGUAUCAUCAAGCGAAUCAGUUUUCAGUCUACCCGCAAACAUUUCCGAUAGCUGAUCAGAACGCCGACGCCUUAAUGCGUCCGCUUGAUCGUCACCCUCCCUUCUCCAUCUCAUUCUCAGGGACCUUCCGGGAACCGAAGCAGUUCCCCUUUAUGCAAGAUGGCGGGAGCGGCCUCGGCGCAGCGCGCCACGAUCUCCUGCGGCCCUUCUCUUCCCCAGAAGAUGGAGCCAACAUUACCACAACCCGCAGCGCAUGCAACGGCGUCCCCCACGGGCUGGACCCGGAGUGUGCUCUCUCUCUUCUGUCAUCGUCGCUGCAUCCCUCCCCCGCUGCCGGCAUCUCCAGCGCAACAGCUCCACCGCAGUUCGCCCCCUCUUCUUUCAGCAGAAUCGCCGCCUCGUCGCAAGCCGUAACCACCGCAUUCGCAUCAGAUGGAGGAUCAGUUGCCGGUGACCAUGUCUUGGUUCCUGCUGUCACAUAUGAAGAUCCUUCCCAAGCAAUGCCAUUCUCUUGGCAGGUGUAGAGCAGAGGCUGUGAUUUUGCUGUUCCUGCAGAGUUGCUGGUGAAAAUGACUGAGGCUUUUUUUUUGAUUGUGUGAGCCUGCAGAAUUCAGGCUGGUGAAAAUUGUAGAUAAAUAACAGCUCAGGUCCUCUGGUUGAUGGUGGUGGUGGUGGUGGUGGUUGUGCAGAUUAUUUAUCAACUAAUUGUGCCACGUCAGUAUUCUUCUACAUAUCUGUGAUUAUUGUUCUUGAGGUGUACA